AUGGCUCAGGGAUCACAUGUUCCUAAGUUCGGAAACUGGGAUGGUGACAAUGUGCCAUACACAGCGUAUUUUGAGAAAGCGCGCAGAGGAAAAGGUGGUAAGAUAAUAAAUCCAAAUGAUCCUGAGGAGAAUCCAGAGGUUUUUGCAUAUGGAGGAUAUGAAGAUGCUAGUAUUAAUGUUUCUCCAGCGAAUACUCAUUUAAUCGAAACGCCUCAUCGGACAUCUGAUGCUAAGAAGAAUAAGAAUGAUCGCAGCAAUAUAUUCGUUCCACCUAGUCCAAAUAGACUGAUAAAUAGCAGAAAUCCAUCUGAUGAUCUUUCUUAUUAUUCAUCAGCAUCAGUACCAAAAUUUGGAGCAUGGGAUGAGAAAGAUCCCAAAUCUGGAGAAGGAUUUACAGUAAUUUUCAACAAAGUAAAAGAGGAAAAGCAAAUAGCAGCUGCUAAGUUCCCUAUUGUGCAGCCACAACCAAACAUGCCUUCCUCACAUAAAAGAAAUGCUAAAUCAAAGAUGUUUUGCUGCCUCUUUUGAAAAUUCUCAAGUCUAGUGAUUAUUUUGCUCCUAUUCCUCACUCUAUAGCGCAAGCGAAAGUUUAAGGAUUUGUAUUAAUAUUUCUUGUGGAAAAAAUAUUGGUUAUAUUUCACACAA